ACUUUUUCUUUUAUUGGUCACCAAAAUUUGUUGUGUCGUAAAACAGUAAUCUUUGAUAUCUAAUACUAUGAAUUUAUCUAGGCGAGCUCGGGAACUGAAGUGAAGGGCAUCAUUGCAUGGAGCUGCAGUUACAGGCACACAAAAGGUGUGUCCAGCAUCCAGGGGCAUGCCAUGCAACGUCGUGGAGUGCGAGCGCGGAGAUGAGGGAAGGCGCGAGCAUGGGCAGGACCGCCAGUGGAAGCGUGAUCGGAAGCGUGGACGCAAGCAUGUGGGAUGCGGGUGUCGGUGUCACGACACAGGGUUGCGAUUACGACAGACGUGUGAGAGCGUGUGUGAGCAGUCGGGGGCGACGAGCGGGUGCACGCAAGAGUGUCUUGGCCCAAGACACUGGCGCAUGCACGAGCCAGUUGGGUCGAGGUGCUGGCACGCAUGGGUGCGGUAUGGCUCGAGGCACUGGGGCGCGCGAGUGCGAGCAUGGGCACGAGCACGACAUGGAACGCCCCAGAGGCGGGCCUUGCAUGACUUGGCAGCGUCCAUGCCAAGGCCGUGGCACGGGAUCGCAGUCAAGACACGGGUGCGCGAGCACGGAUGGGAGUGGCCCAGAAAAUUCUAAAAGCUACAUGAUGCACAAUGAUGGUGCCAGACAGGGGUUUGGAUGGGCUUAAUGGGCCAAGUCCAACUUGGGAUCUUCCUAAGGCCUUGUACAUAAUUCUAGAAUAGGAGGUUCUAGAAUAAUGUAGGCUUAGGCUAGGAGGGAGAGUGGAGAAGCUUCUGGAAAUUGUAAAUAUGAGGGAAAUUUAUUUAGUAUUCUAGAGACCUCAUCUGCAGAGGGACUUGGGACAGACCUCUUCUAUAAAUAGGGAGGCCUAAU